AUGAGAGCGGCGCGCCCCCAGGCGGGGCAGUGUGGCGCUGGAGCGAGUUGGGGCGAGCCGGAGCCGGAGUCGGGCGGCCGAGAGCUGCUGCGCCUGCUGGCCGAGCUGAAGCCGCCCCCCUUCGUGCUGCGCGAGCUCGGCUCCCACCUGGCGCGGCUGCUGCUGGCCCUGGCGCCGGUCUACCUGGCCGGCUACCUGGGCCUCAGCGCGAGCUGGCUGCUGCUGGGCUGGCUGCUGUGGACGUGGUGGCGCAGGAACCGGCGCGGGAAGCAGGCCCGGCUGCUGGCCGCCUUGGGGCUGCUGGAAGAUGAGCAGCGAGCCAUUAGCCGCGCCGUCGCCUUGCAGCAGCUGCCUGCCUGGGUUCACUUCCCUGAUGUUGAACGGGUAGAAUGGUUGAACAAGGUUCUUCAGCAGGCCUGGCCAUAUUUUGGAGCUGUUAUGGAAAAAACAUUUAAAGAUGUAGUUGAACCAAAAAUUAGAUCAAAGAAUAUUCAUCUGAAAACAUGUACAUUCACCAAAGUCCAUAUUGGAGACAAGUGUCCUAAAAUUAAAGGAGUAAAAGCCUAUACCAAGGAAGUUGAUAGAAGACAAGUGAUCCUGGACUUGCAAAUAUGUUAUAUAGGGGACUGUGAAAUUAACAUGGAAGUGUCAAAGUUCAAAGUAGGAGUGAAAGGACUACAGCUGUAUGGAACAUUGCGACUGAUACUUGAGCCCCUUAUAGCUGAUGUGCCUUUCUUUGGAGCUGUAACCAUAUUUUUCAUCCAGAAACCUCAUUUGGAAAUCAACUGGGCAGGACUGACAAACCUGUUAGACGCUCCAGGCAUCAGUGCACUGUCUGAUUCCGUAAUCCAAGAUCUCAUAGCCUCCCGGUUGGUGUUGCCGAACAGAAUUACUAUCCCACUGAAAAAGGAUAUUAAUGUGGCUGGUUUGCGGUUUCCUAUUCCAUAUGGAGUAAUAAGAGUGCACCUGUUAGAAGCUGAGAAACUUGUCCAGAAAGAUCACUUUCUUGGGGCAAUCCGGGGGAAGUCGGACCCUUAUGCCCUUCUUCGAGUUGGCUUGGUGCAGUUCCGAAGCAAGACCAUUCAAAGAAACCUGAAUCCUGUCUGGAAUGAAACCUUUGAGUUUGCCGUCCAUGAAGUGCCUGGUCAGGAUCUGGAGGUAGAUUUGUAUGAUGAAGACCCAGACAAAGAUGACUUCCUGGGCAGCUUGCUGAUAAACCUUUCAGAUGUGAUGAAGGACAGAGUGGUUGAUGAGUGGUUCCCCUUGAGCAAGAUAGCAAGUGGGCACCUGCAUUUGAAGCUUGAGUGGCUUUCUCUGGUGACUGAUCAAGAGAAACUGUGUGAGGACAAGAGUGGUCUUGCCUCAGCAAUUCUCAUCGUGUAUUUGGACUGUGCUUUCAAUCUCCCUAAAAAUCAAUUUGAAUACUCCAACGGUGAAUAUGGAGUGAAGAAAUCUAGAACCCCUCGAUACCUCAAGAAAGUGGAACGAGAACCUUGCUGUUUUGUCCAGCUCACAGUAGGCACCAAAACUCAGAAAAGUAAGACCUGCAAUUUCACUAAGGAUCCCGUGUGGGGUCAGGCAUUCACGUUCUUGGUCCAUGGUGCUGCAUCACAGUCACUUCAUCUGGAGAUAAAAGAUAAGGAUCGGGAUAAUGCUCUGGGGACCUUGGUGUUUUCUCUUGCCAAUUUGCUAAAAAAUCCUGAGAUGACACACGAGCAAAAAUUUCAGCUGGAUCAUUCUGGCUCAGGCAGUUUUAUUAAGAUGAAACUCGUGUUGAGGGCUUUAAGCAUAGAGCAGCCUGAUCCAGAAAACAUAUACACUGGAGUUAAUGCCUUAAAGCAAGUUCCUAUUCCUGCCACAGAAGAUGAGGGCAAUGAAGGCAAGAUGCAGCUGCCUCCACCACCACCACUUCCAUCAAAACCCAAAGUGCUCAAAGCACCCCAAGGGAGCAAAGAAUUAAGCACGCCUGAAUCCACACUGGAGAUCAGUCCUAAUCUUAACGUAACUGAGAAUCACCCUGUGGUGAUAGAGGCAGCGGCUGCAAUUAACGAACAAGUACACCCCUGGGGUCUGGACACCGCAUCCUUGGCACCUCCGCAGCCCAUUUCAGCAGCCCCAGCGUUACCAGCCCUGCAAAGACUUCAGCUUGCCCCCAGCAUUGCAUCUCUGAGCUCCUUUGCCUCUUCAAACUUCGAUGUAACUUGUAGCAAUCUGGAUCUCUACAAUGGAUCACAUCUCACUGGAGUGUCCAUGGGAGAAAUCCACCUCACUGUGCGCUAUGCCUCCAUGAGGCAGUCUCUCAUUGUUCUCAUCAAUGGAUGCAGAAAGUUAAUGCCAUGCUCUCAACACGGAGCGCAUCCUUAUGUCCGUAUCUACUUGCUCCCAGACAAAAGGUGGGCGAUGCGAAAGAAGACUGCUGUCAAAAGAAGAACACUGAGUCCCCAAUAUGAUGAAAAGUUUGAAUUUUUUGAAACUUUGGAAGAUGUUAAGAAACGAGCCUUAGAUGUUGCAGUAAAAAACAGAAGGCCGUUUCUUUCACAUGAAAGAAAAGAACUUGGAAGGGUGCUGAUAGACUUGUCAAAGGAAGACUUAAUCAAGGGCUUCUCACAAUGGUAUGAGCUGACAAUAAAUGGACAUCCACAAAGAUAAUACUUGGUACCAGAUGAAGUGUAUAUAUGUGUAUUUUAAAUUUCAGAACUAAACGUGAACCUGUAUGUAGAUUUUUAUGUAUUUUAAUUAUUAAAUUAUUUGGAAAGACACUGGGAAAA